GGUUUGGGGCUGCAGGGUUAAGAGCUGCCGGGAAGGGGCUGACAGCCUCACAGCGGUUUCUCUGCAGCAGCAGAGGAGAGGAGACUCCUGAGGCUGGAGGCCAGAGUGACAGGCAAGGCCAUGUGGCAGCUGCUGAUCCCGCUGGCCCUGUGGCUGGGCACAGGAUGGGCCCAGCUCCCCGAGACCCAGCUUUCAGAGACACAGCACAAGAGCCUGCAGGUGGCCCUGGAGGAAUUCCACAAGCACCCCCUUGUACAGUGGGCCUUUCAGAAGACCAGCAUCAACAGCGCCUUGGACAUGCCCUUCCCCGCCGGCACCUUUGUGAAAAUGGAAUUCAACAUCCAGCAGACCAACUGCCACAAGAAGUACUGGAAGGAGGCCCGCUGCAAAGUCCUGCCCAAGGGGAGGAAGCGCAGAUGCCUGGCCUGCAUCAAACUGGGUCCUGACAAUCAUGUUCUGGGACGGAUGGUCCACUGCCCUGUUCAGCCACAAGGGCAUCAGGAGACCCAGAGGCACCACUGCGCCAAGGUGGAACGGGCUGGUGAAGACAGCUUGUACCUCCCCGGACAAUUUGCCUUCCUGAAGUCUGGGGCCUCCAAAUGAGCCCCAAAUUGAAUUGUUCCCCACUGAGGACAGCUGCAUGCCGGAGCGGAUGGCAGGCCCCGCCCACCCAGACUGGAGGCUCCAGCUUCUUCUGGUCUAAUAAACCUGUUCUCAGCACUUA